AUGGAGAAUCCGGUCAAGGAGAUCGCGGGUGUAAUCCAUUUGCUCACACAAUCUCCACCUUCGACUCAGCGGCAGACCAUUGAGACGUACUUCACGCCCAAUGCCUCUUUCACACACCCAUUCUGUCGCACUGGGAAAUGGCCGAAUUCAAGAUGGCUGAUCGCGGCAAUCUAUCGGUGGUAUAAGAUCAUGAGCCCAAGUAUAGACAUCACGGUGCAAAGCGUCGCAUUUGACGAAUCGAAUUCCAUCCUCUAUGUGUCCAUCUUUCAGAUCUUCCGAAUCUGGCUCAUACCCUUCUACUACGCUCCAGUCUUCCUGACCUCGGUCAUCAAACUCGAGUACAAUGACGAUGAUGAGAAGUACUACAUCAAAUCGCAGGACGAUCUCUACGCAGUAGACCAGUGGAUACGGUUCAUUGCGCCAGGAGGCUGGAUACUCGUGCACUUGUGGCAGUUCUGGGCGACGUUCUUCUGUGUUAUCGGCGCUACUGUACUGCACCCAAUCACUCUCUUGGAGGAGCGUUCCAAUCAAGAGGGAAGCGAGGUCGAGUGGCAAAGGAAGAGAAAGCAGUUUGGACAAUUGGACGGCAUGAGGGCAGAAGAGCUGUUGCAGAGAACUGAGCUCAAGGGAAAAUAA